UCCCUGGGCAUCAUGCUCGGCUGCCUCGUCGCCGUGUACCUGAACAACAUUCUCGGGCGCCGCCUGGCCCUCAUCGUCACGGCCCUGAUAUCCAUCACCGGCGUGCUCAUCGAGAUGACGAGCGCCAUCGGCCCCAAGCCGCAGUACGACCAGUUUGUCGCCGGCAAGACCAUUGCCAGCCUGUCCAUGGGCCUCGCCGCCAACAUUGUCCCGCUGUACCUGUCCGAGACGUCGACGGCCGCCGCCCGCGGGUUCGGCAUCAACAUGUACCAGAACGUGCAGAUCAUCGGGUAUAUCGUGGCCUCGGCCAGCGUGUACGCCACCACGACGGCGACGGCCUCGUCCUCGCUCGCGUUCGGCGGCAACGACAAGCUCGGCUACCUGAUCCCCAUGGGCCUGCAGCUGCUCGCGCCGACCCUCAUGCUCAUCUGCACGCCGUUCCUACCCGAGUCGCCGCGCUGGCUGGUCUGGAAGGGCCGCCCGGAGGACGAGGCCAUCGCCGCGGCCCACCGCCUGUUCGGCACAAACACCAACACGUUUGACGCGCGCGAGUACGUCGCCACGAUCCAAGUCAUGGUCGACAUGGACCGCGAGCGUGAGGCCAGCGCCCCCGGCUGGGCCGACCUGCUGCUGCACCGCCCGACCCUCCGCAGGACUGCCAUCGCCGCGGGUAUCCAGUGCCUCCAGCAGGCCCAGGGCUCGGGCUACAUGGUUGCCUACAUCUUCUCGUUCCUCACCGCCGCGGGUGUCAGGGACGUGUUCCCCAUCAUGAUGGGGCUCAACAUUGUCUACUACCUCGCCGUGCUGUCCGGCCAUGUCCUCCCCGACAGAUUCGGGCGCAGGCCGAUCCUGCUGCUCACCGCGGCCGCGUGCGGCGUGGGGCCGGUCCUCAUUGCGAUUCUGGCCAUCGCGGUCGUCCCGAGCACCGCGGCCAGCGAGGACAUGGCGGUCCUGGCCAUCUUUUUGUGGUAUGUCUUCUUUGGCAUCCAGUCCCCCCUGGUCUGGAUCACCACGGCCGAGGCGGCACCCUCGAGGAACAGGGAGAAGGUCCAGGCCGUGGCCGUCUUUCUGGGCUUUGGCGUCUCUCUUCUGGUGGCCUUUGUGUCGCCUUUCAUCCAGGAUCCCGGGUAUGGGAAUCUUGGAGCCAAGAUUGGCUUUAUCUGGGGCACCUUCUCCUGGGCCACCGCGCUAUGGGUCUUCUUCACCGUCCCCGAGAUGCGCGGCCUGUCCCUCGAGCAGCUCGACUACCUGUACGAGAACCGUGUCGCCACCCGCAAGUUCAAGGACUACGACUUUACGGGCUUCGACCUGCGCAAUCCUCCUCCUCUGUUCGACCCCGAAUACGGACACCAGGGGGGACAUGGCCAAGGCGGUGGCGGCGGCGGCGGUCAUCACCACGACAACAGAGAACACGUGCAGCUGACUGACCGCUCCCAGGGCGGUUGCAGCGACGACGACGUGGGUGACCAGGACGCGGACUUGGACUCGCGGCACAGUAGUGAUAAGAACCAGGCAAGUGUGAGAAUGCACAGUCUUUGAAAUUUGAUCGGGCUUUGAGUUGGUGUCUACGUCGCGCAAAGGGGUUGUCGACGAUUAAGCGGUAUUAUAGUUUGUGGCGAAGGCGGAGUUCUCGGCGUUGACUUUGUUGUUUUCAUGUUUGCCCGGUCACGAAUAUAAUGAUACCACAUUUCGCGUCAUGUGAAUAAGCUAAUAGAAAUGAGCGCUGAGAUAAUUUCUGCAAACGUUGUUCCCGUUUCUUUAAUGCCUUAUCGAAAGAUAGGCUCGAUCCCGUAUUUAGUCGAGGGUGGACUGCUGAAACAGCGUGUAUCGUGGUUUUAUCAUUGAGACAAACGGAGACACUUGCCAUGCACAAGGAUGGUUUGUACUGCACCGGAUGUGUCACAAAUUAC